AAAUGGACCCUUCCGGUAACUUCUACAAUUACAGAACGGCGUUGAGAGGAGCGACACAGAGGUGCAGAACAGCCAAUAGCGUUAGAGAGAAGAUUGUUAUCCCGUUCUUCAGCCUACUGAUUAAAGACAUCUACUUCCUGAAUGAGGGAUGUUCCAACAGGAUGCAGAAUGGACACGUUAACUUUGAGAAAUUCUGGGAGAUGGCGAAGCAGGUCAGCGAGUUCAUGGUUUGGAAGAAGGUGGAGUGUCCGUUUGAGAAGGACCGCAAAAUUCUACAGUACCUGCUUACUGCACCGGUCUUCAGCGAGGACGCUCUGUAUCUGGCCUCUUAUGAGAGCGAAGGCCCUGAGAACCACAUGGAGAAGGACAGAUGGAAGUCUCUGAGAUCCACUCUGCUAAGUAGAGUCUAGAGAUUCUGAACAGAACAGAACCAUGUCAACCCAUCUGACAACCAAGCCUUACCCUGCGGUGAUGUCCAAAUAACAGUGUCCCUGUUAGGAAGGGAAACAACAAUCUGAUCUGUACUAUUCAGCUGACAGGACCUUUUCUGUUCCUCACUCAUGGAUUUCUAGCUAAUAAUCUCUCCAGUUGUUUGGCUCUUCUUCAGGCUGUGUUUCCAGGACAGCU